CGACCCGAACAAAACGCAUCGCUGCGCUGUCAGACGACACAACGAACACGAAGACAGGCGAGUGUGUGUGCUUCUGGAAGUGCUCUGGCUGGUGCCUCUAUCUGAUCUGAAGAGUGAUUAAUCAUUCCUUCUGUUCCGACCGCGACGACGAUAUUCUUCCGGUUUUCGUUUUCGAGAGUGCAUUGUUUCCCGGCCCGGACUGUUCUUGCUGCUGCCGUCGCGUAAUUCCUUUACCAGUAAAAAUAUGCAGUGCAACAUUCGGCAUUUGGUGAACCUGGCUGCCAAGGGCAAUGCGGCCGCUGGUUUGCGCAAUCAUGGAGCCAUUCUCGGAGCGCUCUACGGUCGGUUCUACUCGACGACGCACGACGCUGACCUGGUGGUGAUCGGUUCCGGUCCCGGUGGUUAUGUCGCCUCCAUCAAGGCUGCCCAGCUGGGAAUGAAGACCGUCUGCAUUGAGAAGAACGACACCCUUGGCGGUACCUGCCUUAAUGUGGGUUGCAUCCCGUCGAAAGCCCUGCUGAACAACUCGCACUACUACCAUAUGGCCCACUCGGGUGACCUGGCCUCCCGUGGUGUCCUGGUCGAUAACGUGCGCCUGGACCUUAGCGUUUUGAUGGACCAGAAAUCGAAAGCCGUCAAAUCGCUGACCGGUGGAAUCGCCCAGCUGUUCAAGAAAAACAAGGUCACCCACGUCAAUGGGUUCGGUACUAUUACCGGACCGAACACUGUUGUUGCCAAGAUGGCCGAUGGCAGUGAGGAGGUGGUCAACGCCAAGAACAUCAUGAUUGCCACCGGCUCGGAAGUUACUCCGUUCCCGGGCAUCGAGAUCGACGAGGAAACGAUCGUAUCGUCUACCGGAGCCCUGAAGCUGAAGGAGGUCCCGAAACGCAUGGGACUGAUCGGAGCUGGAGUUAUCGGUUUGGAGUUGGGUUCCGUCUGGGGUCGUCUGGGAGCCGAGGUAACCGCCAUUGAAUUCUUGACCUCGAUUGGCGGUGCCGGAAUCGAUCAGGAAGUUUCCAAGAGCUUCCAGAAGAUCCUGACGAAGCAGGGCUUCAAAUUCCUGCUAGGAACAAAGGUCGUCGCUGCAUCAAAAUCCGGAAACGGAGUGAUCGUUAGUGUUGAAAAUGUCAAGGAUGGUAGCAAGCAGGAGCUGGAAUUCGACGUCUUGCUGGUUUCUGUGGGUCGUCGUCCGUACACCGAAGGUCUUGGCCUGGAGAACGUUGGAAUCGUCAAGGAUGAUCGAGGCCGUGUCCCAGUGAACAGUGUGUUCCAGACGAUUGUUCCGAGUAUCUACGCCAUCGGAGACUGUAUCCAUGGUCCCAUGCUGGCCCACAAGGCCGAAGAUGAGGGUAUCGUGUGCGUGGAAGGUAUGCAGGGAGGCCACGUCCAUAUCGACUACAACUGCGUUCCAAGUGUGGUGUAUACCCAUCCGGAAGUGGCAUGGGUUGGCAAGAACGAGGAGGAACUUAAGAAUGAGGGCAUUGCCUACAACGUUGGCAAGUUCCCGUUCAUGGCCAACUCUCGUGCCAAGACUAACAAUGAUACCGAUGGGUUCGUCAAGGUUCUGGCAGAUAAGCAGACUGAUCGCGUGCUUGGCGUGCAUAUUAUUGGACCGGCCGCUGGUGAGCUGAUUAACGAGUCUGUCCUCGCUAUGGAAUACGGAGCGUCCGCGGAAGAUGUUGCCCGUGUCUGCCAUGCCCAUCCCACAUGUGCGGAAGCGCUACGAGAGGCCCAUACGGCAGCCAGCUUCGGCAAGCCGAUCAACUUCUAGUAAGCUAAGUUUGUACCAUAUAAAUAACAUAAAACCGAUAAACUCUGCGCAUGAGAGAAGGAGAGCGACCGAUCUGUGGGCGAGUGGGGGAUUAAUUUUGGCGGCAAUCCCUCGCUAAUACGAGAUAUUAAAGUACAUACCAACCAAUUGGACGAAUAUCAUUACAACUAGCGAAAGUGUUAUCUCUUCGGCAUAGUGCUGCACCGUGGCUAAUAGUGCAAGGUAAGUCUCAACCAACUCCCUGACACCCUAGGAUACUAUGAUACUAAAGCACUAUGAUUACAUCUCGAUCAUAUUGUUAGCGAACAAGUACCAGCAAUUGAAUAUAUGUACUUUUUUGUAAGCAAAAGCAAAACACUUAUGAAGUAUAUUAAAUUAUUGUUUUAGAAACAAUCGAAAGUA